AUGAUGGUUCACGCAGUCCACGUCUUGUCGUUGGCCGGUACGGCUCUCGCAGCCUUCACUGGUAACGUAAAUUACGGCUCUCCUUCAUUGCACCACCCGGCUCUUGGUGUAUCGAUCAGUAAGGUAGCAAAACGAGCUUACGCCAGCUCACCAUGGGACCCAUCGCAGCUCAACUUCACGCAUGGAGUUGCAAGCGGCGACCCCUAUGAGGACAGCGUUAUCUUGUGGACAAGAGUUGCCCCAACGAGUGACAACGAUAAGAGUAACGUCACGGUCUCGGGGACUGUUGGCCUCUACAACCACGAUACGGAUUCAUAUGUGUCUAAGAGUAGUUCGCCUGUUUGUGUCGAUUGGAAGAUCAGCACCACCGAUUCCUUCACUACUUUAGCCAAUUCAGGCACGGCAUAUACCAGCUCUGAUAUUGACUAUACCGUCAAGGUCGAAGCGUCAAAGCUGCAAGCUUUUACCACGUAUUACUACCAGUUCAGCGUCUGCAACUCGGAGAAUGUCUCGCCAGUCGGUCGAACCAAGACCAUUCCCUCGAAGAAUGCCAAGGUCGAUACAGCCAUCAAGGUAGCUGUGUAUUCAUGCAGCAACUACCCUUUUGGCUUUUUUAACGCUUAUGGCAAUCCUGUCAGAAAGGACUCAGUCGACUACGUCAUCCAUCUAGGAGAUUAUAUUUACGAAUAUGCCAACGGCGACUAUGGUUGGGGCGAUAGCUAUGGCAGGAUUCCCCAGCCUGACAGGGAGAUCUACACUUUGUACGAUUAUAGGAGACGUCUUGCAACAUAUAGAACAGACUUGGAUCUCGUUGCAAGCCACCAGAACUUCCCCUGGAUUCCCGUCUGGGAUGAUCACGAGGUUGCCGAUAAUACCUACCGCGAUGGCUCAUCGGAAUUGAACAAUACCGAAAACUCGUUUAUCCACGAUGGUGGUGUAGCAGUCGAUCAGCGGAAGAUGAACGCGGUUCGAGCCUAUUUUGAGUGGAUGCCAAUUCGCCAGGUGGAAAUGGACGAUAACUUGCGCAUCUGGAGAGACUUCAGCUUUGGUGAUCUCUUUGAUCUCGUCAUGCUGGACACCCGCCAAUACGACAGGUCGAUCACAGAUCUGUACUGGAAUACCCAUUACAUUCACGAAAUUUCUCAGGAUGCUGGCCGCAGCCUUAUGGGCCCUCGUCAGGAGGCGUGGUUUUACAAUAAGCUCAAGGAUAGCUCAUCUCGUGGUGCGACGUGGCGUAUCAUUGGAAACCAGAUCGUCUUCAGUCGUAUGAAUGAAAGUUUGGGUCUUGGUAACGAGGACCCUUUGAACGGUGACUCGUGGGAUGGUUACCAGGCAAACCGCAACCGAACGUUCCAAACAUUAUACGAGAACAACAUCAGCAACACAGUCUUCCUUGCCGGCGACUCCCACGCAUCUUGGGUCUCGGACCUUGUUUGGCUGGGUGAGCAUGACUACGACGAGCAAACUGGCUCUGGUUCUGUUGGUGUCGAGUUCGCAGGUUCUGCCGUCUCUUCUCCGUGCCCAUCCGGCCAAAACGUCUCUCUCGCUGCGGCGAACUCUGCGUCUGCCUGGCUUACCGGGGCAAACCGGGAGCUCCAAUGGCAGGAUCUGUACUACAGAGGCUACUACGAACUGUCCAUCGGAUACGACUCUCUCAAUGCUUCUUAUUUCGGCAUCCCAACUACAGCAGCAAAGCAAGGUUAUGAAAUCUCCUUGGCCAACUUCACGGUCCUGCCCGGCGAAAACCACCUACAUCGCCAGAAUGGGUCCUCUGCAGCCAUCGUCGCUGAGAGUGGAAGUUUGAAGAACGGACCUUUAGUCCAGACAAAUCUGACGCACGAUACUGCCACGGACGAGUGGUUUGUGUAUGAUGGGUACACUUCCACGUCAGCUUAG